GACAGCUGAUUGGCGGCUUCUUCAUUUACAAACAAUUGUAGAAUUUGCAAACUUUUGGAAACAUGGACUACGAUUUCAAGAUGAAAACGCAGAUAGAGCGUACGAAAGUGGAGGACCUAUUCAACUACGAGGGCUGCAAGGUGGGACGCGGAACAUACGGCCACGUCUACAAGGCGAAGUGGAAGGAGACAAGCGAUGGCAAGGAAUAUGCUUUGAAGCAGAUCGAUGGCACCGGCUUGUCCAUGUCCGCCUGCCGCGAGAUCGCAUUGCUGCGCGAACUGAAGCACCAAAACGUAAUUACCCUUAUCCGGGUGUUUCUGUCGCACAACGACCGCAAGGUGUUCCUGCUGAUCGACUAUGCGGAGCACGACCUGUGGCACAUUAUCAAGUUCCAUCGGGCGGCGAAGGCCACCAAAAAGCAGGUUGUGGUUCCCCGCGGUAUGGUUAAAAGUCUGCUAUACCAGAUUCUGGAUGGGAUUCACUAUCUGCACAGUAAUUGGGUGCUACAUCGUGACCUGAAGCCGGCCAACAUCCUGGUGAUGGGCGAUGGCAACGAGAGGGGCCGCGUAAAGAUCGCCGACAUGGGUUUCGCGCGACUCUUUAAUGCUCCAUUGAAACCGCUGGCAGAUCUGGAUCCCGUGGUGGUUACCUUUUGGUAUCGCGCUCCGGAACUGCUGCUCGGCGCUCGUCACUACACUAAGGCUAUCGACAUCUGGGCUAUUGGCUGUAUUUUCGCCGAACUACUAACUUCAGAGCCCAUCUUCCAUUGCCGCCAGGAAGACAUAAAGACCAGCAAUCCGUAUCACCACGAUCAGCUAGACCGCAUCUUCAAUGUGAUGGGCUUUCCGCAGGACAAGGACUGGGAGGAUAUCAAGAAGAUGCCGGAACAUCAUACGCUGACAAAGGACUUUAAACGCUCCACAUACUCCACCUGCUCGCUGGCCAAAUACAUGGAAAGGCACAAAAUCAAGCCGGACAGCAAGGCCUUUCACCUGCUGCAGAAACUGCUGCUAAUGGAUCCCAACAAGCGCAUCACCUCUGAACAGGCUAUGCAGGAUCAGUAUUUCCAGGAGGAGCCGCAGCCCACGCAGGACGUGUUCGCCGGCUGCCCCAUACCGUAUCCCAAGCGUGAGUUCCUCACCGACGACGACCAGGAAGAUAAGUCGGAUAACAAGCGACAGCAGCAACAGCAGCAGCAACAACAGCAGCAACAACAGCAGCAACAGCAGCAGCAACAACAGCAGCAGCAGCAAAUGAACGCUGAGCCGAAUGCAAAGAGAGUUCGAUUGUCCGGAGCUGGUAACCAGCAAGAUUUUCACCACCAGCAGCAGCAGCAACAACAACAGCAGCAGCAACAGAUGAUGUUCAACCAGCAGCAGAACUUCCAGCAGCGCUUCAACUGAGAGACUGAUACAAGCAGCAUUUUUUCUACAACACCUACUAAUUUCUAGCCUUCUAAGUAUUUAAUUUAAUGACCUUAGCCAUAGCAAAUAUAUACAAGCAAGUAAAGUGUACGAUACAAA